UCAAACAGAAACCGUAGCGUGCUUGCUGGGACGCCCUGAAAGAGAUAGAAAUCUAUAACUCCAUGUUUUUCUGACAUUGUUUGAUACAGGAAAUCGAACUUGUAUCAUUCGGUAACAGGCGCUGCUUUCCCUCUUCCCGUCGUACCUGUCUCUGGCUGUAAGACUCCUUCAGCUUUUUUAAAUGUGUCGUCAUUUUCACCUUAAAGUGGAUUUCACUGCUGUCCUGUGGGCGGCGAGAGAAAACAAUGAUUAGAAGUGGCGGAAGUUCCGGCAUGGAGCAAUGAGGCCAAAGCAAGGAAGCAGGAGAAAGGAAUCCCUUUGAUGGGAGAAUCCUCUUUCCUGGCCUCCUGGGUUAAUCGCCGUGCCAUGAUGAUGGAUGAGCAGGAGGCGCUGAACUCAAUCAUGCAGGACUUGGCCGAACUGCACCGCUCUAGCCGUCCUGCCAUGUUCCUGUCGGACCUGGGCAAACCCAAAGCCUCGUCGCCCAAGAACCAGAACGAUGUCAGAGUGAAGUUCGAGUUCAAAGGGGAGAAGAGGAUUUUGCAGUUUCCUCGCCCUGUCAAGCUGGACGACCUGAGGUCUAAAGCCAAAGUGGCUUUCGGUCAGAUGAUGGACCUUCACUACACCAAUAAUGAGCUGGUGAUUCCACUGACGACUCAGGAUGACCUGGACAAAGCCGUGGAGCUACUGGAUCGCAGCGUUCACAUGAAGAGCCUGAAGAUCCUCCUUGUGCUGCAGAUGUCCUCUCAGAACUCUUCCUCUAACAUGGACCUCUUGCCGUCGCACGAGGAGCUGGACAACACAGGAAUCAGGGCGUCCGACAAGAAGAGUAUGCUGGCGUUAAUAGGCUCCCAUUCGACGGAUCGCAGCUCUCCUCCUCCAGGAUACAUUCCCGACGCUCUCCAGCAGGUGGCGAGAAACGGCUCCUUCACCAGCAUCAACAGCGAGGGAGAGUUCAUUCCGGAGAGCAUGGACCAGAUGUUGGACCCACUGUCCAUGAGCAGUCCAGAGAACUCGGCCUCUGGGAGUUGUCCCUCUUUAGACAGCCCACUGGACAGCGACUACCCAAAGUCCAGGAUGCCCAGAGCGCAGAGCUACCCAGACAACCACCAGGACUAUCCAGAGUACGACAUCCCAGUGUUUGAGAAGGUGGGGAAAGGGGGAACGUAUCCUCGGCGAUAUGGCAUUCCCUUUGGACUGCAGGACUACAGUGAUGGGAGGAAGACCUUCCCCCGGGCUCGGCGAACCCAGGUUCACGGCUUCCGCUCGCCGGUCAGCUUUAGUCCAACCGAGCAGUCGCCCAGCACCAGCAGCGGCAGCAGCGUCUUCACACCCGACCUGGAGGAGGCCCCGGGACCCACCAGGAGGCCGCGGAGGGGCAGCGACAUUGAGUCCAAUCUGACGGCCGCUCCCACCCUCUCCGUCAUGGACAUCAGUCCACCCAGCCGCUCCCCGCGUGCUCCAACCAACUGGAGGCUGGGAAAGCUCCUGGGUCAGGGUGCCUUCGGACGGGUUUUCCUCUGUUAUGAUGCGGAUACCGGACGGGAAUUGGCUUGCAAACAAGUCCAGUUUGACCCGGAGAGUCCAGAGACCAGCAAGGAGGUGAGCGCGCUUGAGUGUGAAAUCCAGCUUCUGAAGAACUUGUGCCAUGAGCGGAUUGUCCAGUACUACGGCUGCCUGCGAGACACGAUGGAGCGAACGCUCUCCAUUUUCAUGGAGUACAUGCCUGGCGGCUCCAUUAAGGACCAGUUGAAGUCGUACGGGGCUCUGACGGAAAAUGUGACACGCCGCUACACCCGGCAGAUCCUGGAAGGCGUUUCUUACCUGCACAGCAACAUGAUCGUCCACAGGGACAUCAAAGGAGCAAAUAUCCUUCGUGACUCUGUGGGUAACGUGAAGCUGGGAGACUUCGGGGCCAGCCGGCGGCUACAGACCAUCUGUCUGUCAGGGACAGGCAUCAAGUCAGUGACAGGCACCCCCUACUGGAUGAGCCCGGAAGUGAUCAGUGGAGAGGGCUACGGCAGGAAGGCUGACAUCUGGAGUAUCGGCUGCACCGUCGUGGAGAUGCUGACCCAGCGACCCCCAUGGGCAGAGUUUGAGGCCAUGGCCGCCAUCUUUAAGAUUGCCACCCAGCCGACAAACCCGGUUCUCCCCGCCCACGUGUCGGACCACUGCCGGGAGUUUCUCAAACGGAUCUUUGUAGAGACCAAGCAGCGCCCGUCUGCUGAUGAGCUAUUGAGGCACAUCUUUGUACAUUAACCCCACCCCUGAACCUUUAAUCCCCCGCCCACCUGCCGAACUGCCAGACACGGCCUUACCUGAUGGGGUGUCCCUACCUCUGACCCCAUUCCCUCCAUCUCCAAGCUGAAACCCAGUGGACCAGGAAGAACCGGCUGGAAGAAGGUGGGGUUGCGCAGGCGGAGGGGUGGUACCUACCUGAUCCUCCUGUCUCUGUUUGUAUGAGACUGCCAUUGAGGACAUGAAUUUUUUUAUUUUAUUUUUCUCUGCAAGUUGCACCUUAAUUUGUCAAAAGUGGAGGCUUUGAGCACUUCCUCCUGAAGAGAUGAAAAACAAAUAUUUGAAAAAAAAAUGUCUUCUUUUUUAUGUUUUUACGGUAACUCUCUCCUGGAGUGGGAUAGUGUCAGUGUUGUGGACCUACAGGAGGCGGUGCCUGACUCUUGAGAGACUCUGCUCCCCCCAUGUUGCUGACCUGACCCCAGAAUGUAGUCUCCUGCCAAAACCCGGAGCGAUGGUGUUGACCUGGGCCCGCUGCUAUAGACGAAACAACCCCCCCGAUUGCGGAGAACACUCCCCUUAACGGUUCCCACUCACUUUCCGUUCUGCUCCGCGCUCUGAUGAAAUGUUUUGUCUCUGCUUUAUUGUCUGCAAACUACCUUCCCUCGACCCCCCCCCCGUCUUUGUUCUUUGCCGUGUGCCUUUUCUGUUUUUAAACGCAGUGUAGGAAUGAGUCUUUUGGAGAUUUGGGAUAAUCUCAUUUGUUUUUAGGCGCUAUAGCUCUGUGUUUUUUUUGCCCCCCUGGAUAAACUGCCUUCGCACGGUUAGCACAAAUCUAGCUGAUCUCAGUUCAGCCGUAGUAUCCGCUUUUUCGCCUUCUCUGUAACAGAUUCCUGGUAAUAAGUGGGGGAUUUAUUUUGGCAACUAACCAAAUACCCUCAGAUGUUUUUCGAAAAGCAUGCCUGAUGAACUUCUAGGUUUCGCAAACCAACUCGCCCUCAGACAAGGUUCGGUACUUCUGCUUCAGUUGUUCAAAGACAGGAACAGUAUCCACAUUUUCUCCUCAAAUGUUUUCUCCUCUGCUUCUCAAAGAAUUCAUUGGUUGAACUCAGGGCAGAAUUAGAAUUUUGGACAACCUAGACCUUUAAUUAGGUAAAUCUGGGCUUGGGGAAGGUGUGUUAGUCUUAUCAAGUAGACGAUUAUUCGAGAAGGUAACAAUCGGAUUGAUUUAAAAAUGAUUUCCAGUUUCAUCUACAGCAUAUCUGCGAAAAAAGUAAGCAACUAAACCCAAAAGUGUGACCUUUUGGGGGAGAAAAUGUUGUUUUGAAAUGGACACGAGUCAAGCGGUACUUAUUGUGGGGUACCUGUGGUCGUGCUCCGACAGACCACUCGCUUAGUACUGCAACACGAGGAGCACUUGAAGAGUGUUGAUGUAGUUUUACAAGGCAAAGAAGCUCACAGCUGAUUAGCCAGAGGCUCUGGCUGCAUGACGCUGUCUCGCUGUUGUAUGUUUUUAUCGCUCGAGAGAAAUCGAGUGUACGACGUGAAGCGGGGACAUUUUCACGCUGUCUUACAAGCUGCUUGACAUUUCACCAACCGGUACAUUCACAGCUAAUGUCUCUUCGCGCUCCACUGCUGCAAUCGGUACCUUUUUAACACUCUGCGGCCAAGGCGUCCCUGUGCCAUAUCAGAGCAUCCUCAUUGUGUUGUGUUUUGUAUUUUAAAUUUUUUGGCCUUAAACAUGCACUCCCAUAGAAGAGAUUCCCUCUCGCUCUUAUGUUGUGGUCGAAAUCAAACGAGUCAAACUUGACUCUUCACUGUAGCCAAACCGCAAACACUCCGUUCAACGUGCGUCCGGCUCAGUUUCCUCUCGGGCUGAGUUGUGAAGGACACAACUAUGCACCAGUAAACUGUCCUGGGAUUUAAUCCGUUUUCUUCAACCAGUAACUUGCAGGCAGCUCUGUCUGCAACCAAUCGAAUGCCAAUUGCAUCAGCUGUCCCUCCUCUCGCUCCGAAAUAAUGGACAAUUCUAUUUACGCUAAAGACUCAGUUUAAGAGGAUUUAUCAUUGACUUCCUUUAUUCCUGUAAAAAGAAUUGAAGCUGGUAACACGACAAGCUUCCUUAACCUCCCAGCUUGCACUCUGCAACCUGUUUAUUUCUCCAAAGUCUUUGGAGACCUAAGAACACGAAACAUUCUGACAUUCCUGUCCAUUUCCAAAAGGGUCCACGUGGCCGUGUGCAUUUGCAGAUGUUGUGUUUUCCUGCAGUGUCCACUAGUAAUAACUAAGGAGCCAUAUUUUCCUGAUAACACCUUUUUAAAGGCAGAUAGGAACCAGGUGCUUUUGCUUGUGUUUGCUCAUCAAGUGUUGAAGGCAAAAACACUCAAUCUCUCAACAUGACUUUCCCUUGAAGACGCUUAUAUUCUUUUUGUGGUACAUUUUCUAUGACCGGCUGAUUAUUUUCAACUGAAACAGACGCCUCUUCCACUCAUAUGCAUUUUCAAAACGUCACCAGAAUAAAGCCCCAGAUAAAAGAUUUGCGAAUCAGUCCGAGUUUGAGGCAACGUACGGUUAAAACUGUCAGGUACAGGGGGAGAUUUUCAAUUGCAGCCAGCACUGGUAAACCUGGAGACGCACUACCAUUAUGCACUUAUCGAUUAUUCACUGAUGCUUUUACCCGAUUCCUCAUCGGCUGCUGCUCGCGCAGCUCGGUUCAGCGACCUAUUUUUCUUUUGCACAUUUUAAAGACUAUUUUUUUUAUUUUUACACGAGUGUGAGCGUGUGUGUCUGCGUGUCGAUGGUUCCGUUUGCGAUGACUUGUACAUGAAUGUAAUGUCUCCUCUUACCGUCAGAUGGCCUCGUUCACCACAGUGAAUUAACUCUUUGGUAUCAGUAUUUGUCACCUGCAAAACACCAAGAUAAACCUGUAGUUUCCUUUAGUGUCUAAAGCCACUGCUGCCACUCCUCUGUGUGAGUGUGUGUCUGUCUGUGUGUGUGUGUGUAUGAGUGCGAUUUGUGUGUGCGAACGAUUUGUGCGAGCGUGAGUUUGUUAACGUGCAUUUACUGCAAUUUGUGCUCAUUGGACACUGCGCCCGAAAUGCCUCGAGCAUUCUAACUGUAGGGGGUGAGAUCAGUGAAAUAAUAUUGAAAAUGAAAGAAAAAAUAAUGUACAAAGGUGUAAAAUAAAAUGUACCCUUUUUUUUUAAAGAAAAGUACACUUAUAUCCCACAUGUUUGGUCUCUGUGUAUUGUAAAAGAAGCCAUGUUUAUAAUUCUAAUUGGUUUGUGACCAAUACGCCUGUUUAUAUCAGAUCUGUAUAUCAGUGGUACGCAUAAUUUUUUAAUAUAUAUUUUUUAUUUUACCUUUUUUUUAAAUGGGAGAUUUUAUGCAUGGUUGGGUCCUAAGAGACGCAGCGGUGCCGUUAAAUGGUUGCUGUAUUUUGGCAAAAUUCUGGAGUAUUGCCACAGCUCUGUGUUCAUAAUUAUAACAAUUAUGAUGAUGAAAACAAUAAAAAAAAUAUUUAUUUCA